ACUGAGCAGAGGUGACGCAUCUCUUUCAAAAGAGUCAAACAGCUACAAAGAGUUCUGGGCACUCGGUCUCUGAUCUCUUUAGCCUGCCUCCCUGUCAGUCGGAUCAUUAAAAACAUGCUGAUCACCGUGCUUUUCUCCCUCCUGGUGUCUUCUGUCCUUGCUACAGAGAAAGACAGUGCCCUUCCCAGGCUGAAUGACACCAAAGCUACUGAGGCGUUCAUCGACUCUGCUGAGGUGGUGGUCAUCGGAUUCCUAGAGGGAGAGGAGAGUGACAGCUACAAGGAGCUUGUUGCCGCCGCAAAGCGAGUUGACUCAGUCCCCGUUGCCAUCUGCUCAGUGAAAGAGGUGUGGGCCGAUUACAGCGUCUCCUCAGACACCAUCACCCUUUUCAGAAAGGCCGACAACCACCAAGAGAACCUCGUUGUAACUGAGAUCAAGAAGAUAGAAGCUGACGGCCUCGUGAACUUCAUCACCGUCAAUGAAGUCCGAUACAUCACAGAAUAUAACCAAGUGACGGCGGUGGGUUUGUUCCACUCAGAGGUGAAGUCACAUCUCGUGCUCUUCGCCAACAGAGGGACUAAAGAAUACGCCGAUCUCAAGAAGAAACUCGGGGCUCUUGCCCCCGACUUCACAGGGAAGUUUUUGUUUGUGCUCAUAAAUGGAGCGGUGAAGUCAAAUUUCCGGUCACUGGGCUACUUCGGCCUCAAGUCUCAGGACCUCCCACGAGUCGGUAUCUAUGACGCUGACUCUGACAUGAAGUGGCUCCUACCCGAAGGAGAGAUCUCUGCUGAACGAGUGCAAGAGUUCUGCCAGUCCUUUCUACGAGGGGAACUGAAGGAGGUGAAGCAGGCGGGAGCUGAACCCAAAAGUGAGCUCUAGAGGAACACAUGUAAUUAAUGUCUAAUAAAUCAAAUAAAACAUUCAAUAAAACAGGAA